AGAGAGAUUAUAACUGCACUGAACUGUUUCUGUUUGUGUUCAUCAUGAAGACUUUUGUGGCACUAAUUCUGUUGGGAAUCCUAAUAAAAGACAGCACAUCGAUGAUCCACAGUCUCAGAUAUUUUGACACUUCUUCGUCUCAAGUCCCAAACUUCCCAGAGUAUGUUGUCGUUGGUGUGGUGAAUGGUCUGGAGAUAAUGCGCUGUGACAGUGAGACCAGGAGGUACGAACCCAAACAGGAGUGGAUGAACAGAGUGACAGGGGACGACCCAAAGUUCUGGGACUGGACCACUCAGCUCUGUGUGAAUAAUCUGCAAGUGAACAAAGGCAGCAUAGAGAAUAUAAAACAACGCUUUAACCAGACUGAAGGUGCUCACAUUUGGCAGCGGAUGUUCGGCUGUGACUGGGACGAUGAGACUGAUGACAUCACUGGGUAUUACCAGUACGCCUUUGAUGGACAGGACUUCAUUUCUCUGGACCUGAGCACAGAGUCCUGGGUCGCUGCUAAAUCUGAGGCCUUUGCCACUAAACUGAGAUGGGAGAGAAUUGGACAAACUCAGCGUCACAAACACUAUGUCCACAAAGUCUGCACUGUGUGGCUGAAGAAUUAUGUGCGCUAUGGAGAGAAAACUCUGAAGAGGACAGAGCUCCCCCUGGUGUCUCUGCUGCAGAAGUCCUCCUCUUCCCCGGUCACGUGUCACGCCACAGGCUUCUACCCCGACAGAGCCAUGCUGUUCUGGACCAAAGAUGGAGACGAGCUGCUGGAGGACGUGGACCCUGGAGAGAUCCUGCCCAACGAAGACGGGACCUUCCAGACCAGUGUGUCCCUGGACCUGUCCUCUGUCCCCCCUGAGGACUGGGACAGGUACCACUGUGUGUUCCAGCUGUCUGGGGUCAAAGAGGACUAUGUGACCAGACUGGACCGGAGCAAGAUCAGGACCAACGCCAAAAAUCCCCCGACCUCCAUCAUCGCUGCUGUGGUCGUUGUGGGAGUCGUCAUCGUCGCUGCUGCUGUGGCUCUGUUUGUGAUCAGACGAAAGAGAGCCCAAAACAAUCCUCGACAAGAUGCUCAGUUGAGACAAAAUCUAAAUCCUGUUACCCCAGCGACAAACUCUGGGGAAACAUCAGGUAAGUGCACAUUUCAUCUGUGUCAGUGUUUCAUCAUGUUCUUAAUGUGUUCAUAUUUUGAUCUUCUCCAGAUCCAGAGACACAGACACUGAGGCCUGGAGCUCCUGAGGCUGAGUCCACUGAGUAACACUGAACGCCGCUUUAUUCCUCUGUUUUGGUGAGAACAU